AUGGAGCAAUGGCUGAUUCAAUUCAAUCGAAAAAUGGUGAUUCAAAAACGUAAGAUUUUGUUAUUCCUUGAUAACGCAUCAAGUCACCCACAUUUGAAGUUGUCAAACAUCGAACUUGUGUUUUUACCACCAAAUACGACAAGUCACACUCAACCGUUGGAUCAAGGAAUUAUUAAUUCCUUUACAAUCGAAACGAGUAAAUUAUUGGAUACAAGCAAUUCAAGCGAUGAAGAUGAUGAAGAUGACGCAUACGUUGAAACCGACUCGGCUAUUACACACGGCGAAGCGUUAAUGUGUUUGGAUCGCAUCAAAGCAUAUACAUGCAAAGAAGGCCUGAGCACAUUGCUGUCCAAAACUGCUGAAUGUGCAAUCUUGAUUCAAGAUAAUGUUUUCACAAAACGAACCAAACAAACGACUAUCGGCGAUUAUUUCAAGAAAACGUCUACGUAA